AGUGGAAAUUUAUUUGUUGAAUUGAAAAUUUUACUUCCAAAAUGGUUUACACACUAGCCGAAAGAGUGGAAAUUAUUCUACAUUAUGGUGCCCAAAAUCAAUGUGCUCGGCAAACUGUCGUCACGUUUAACGCCAGACAUCCGGAGAAGAUAACUUCGCAUAGUUCCGUGCGAUGAGUUUAAAUUGAAUUCGAAGUAGAGCGCGACAAUGCAGAAUUACUCUUUUCUGCUGACUAUCCUGCUAUUCUCUGGAUGGAGGACCCAGGUCUUAGCUGACGAGUGUAUUACGGGCUUCAGUGUUGUUACCUCAGAGCUCGUCGUGCCGGGUAAAACCACUGCCGUUUUCAUAACACUGAACAAUCCGUCAGUGCCGAAGCAACCUUUAAAUGUCACCCUUCGUCUUCUCAGCAACGGCCCGCCACUAAAUUCCAAUGACAAUGGAAAUCCGGUUCUGAUUGAAACUACCCAGGAGAUUAUCGGACAUGGAAUAUUACCUCUAAACGUUCCAUCCGAAGCAACAGGAACCUGUAUCCUGCAAACUUUAAUCAACUGCACUACAUUACCCGAUGCCAACAGCAGUAUUGAAGAAGAAGGACAAUGUGAAUUAAAAAGCUCUUCGGAGAUGCGAAUAGUGGGAUCAGUCAGAGAAGUCAUUGUAAGGCCUUCGAAGCAUGCUUAUCGUCCAGAAGAAACUUUGAAAUUUUGGCUUCUGGCACUGGAUCACGAUUUACAAAUAGCAUCAGAUACUAUUGGAGUUGUUAGUGUCAAAGAUCCUCAAGGUACUAAAGUUGCCAUAUGGGACCAAGUAUCAUUAGAUACAGGAGUAUUAUCGUACUCUCUACCUUUAAGCCCAUAUGCUCUUACUGGCCGAUGGUCUGUUGUGGUUGAAGUAGACCAAUUAGAAUAUAUUUCAACCUUUGAAGUGACUGCUAAUGCAGGUUUAGGUCCACCAGAUAUAUCUGUAGCAGAAGAGCACUAUGUAGAAUUAAAAUUUGGCAAUGAAAUGCGUAGAAGAUAUAAGCCCGGAUUACCAUUCUCUGGAAAAGUUGAGGCUAUGAGUACAGAAAAAUCGGUCAGAGUAAGGGUAAAAGUGUAUGAUAACACAACGUCAAUUUAUUCCCAAGAUAUCGAAAUAUCCAAUGGAGAGGGAACAUUCAUUGUCCCAGCCAUUUUAGCUGAUAGUGAUAUAAUAUAUCUUCAGGCGGAAUUGGUCUCGGUGGAGAGCAAGGAAAUAGAGAGCCAUUACGUGCUCGCGAGGGAGCCAAUCCGAAAAUGGAACUCUUCAAGUGACUGCUAUCUUUUAAUUGAGGGGGUCGAGCAUACUCUACAGCCCGAAGAGGAAGCAUACGUGACGAUAUUGUCAACUUGUCCGUGUGAAAGGGAUGUUCAUUACGUCAUCACCACGGACGGACGGAUAAGCGACUGGGCACAAAGGCGUUAUGAGGAAACUGUGCCAGUGGUUAAGCAGACAAUGCAGUCAAUUGAACCCGGUCCCACAUGCAAACUUAACUUCAGUUUUAUGGUGCAAGCUGUAAUGGCUCCUGUCAGCCAACUUCUUGUAUAUUAUGUGACGCCACAAGGAGAACCAAUAAGUGAUGUAAUCAGUUUUGACGUAAAACUUUUUAAUAAAGAGGUUGUUCUUAAUAUGGAAAACAGGGAAUAUUGGCUGCCAGAUCAACUUCUCGAUAUAGAAGUAGUAGCAGAACCAUCUUCAUUGGUUUGUUUAUUAGGAGGAAGAUCGGAAUCCACCGGAGAUCUCAGAUUUGAUCCAAGAAUAAGUGAAGAGCCAACUAUUUCACCCAUAACAGAAGAAGUAGACUUCCUCGAAGCAGGGGUAUCUUAUUUCCAACGAGAAUGUUCAAGAAGAGGAGAUUCUGGAAAUACUGGCAUGUCAGCAAUUUCCUACAGACAACGUGGAACAGGUGCUGGGCCCUCUGGACAGAAACGAAGACCGCCAGAAAGUUUGGUUGGUGGGUCGCCAUAUAAUCAACUGUGGAUGUGGAAUUGCUAUAAUUAUUCAAGAUCCAGCCCAUCCACGCAACUCUCAAUAAUGACUCCCAAGGAACCAGGAAAAUGGUCAAUCUGGGGACUGCUAAUUUCAAAUAAUGGUUUAAAGUUUUCUGCCCCAAUUACUCUAGAAGUAUUUAGACCGCUUACCGUGGAUUUUCAUUUACCCCCCAGCCUUAAAGUGCGAGAAGUUUUGGAAGUAGACAUUAAAAUAGAGAAUAAUGUAAAUUUAUGCGUUGACGUAACAGCUCUUCUUGCUUUAAGCGAAGGCGCUCAGUUUGUAAGUAAUGGUCUUCUUUAUGUAACUGAGAGAUUAAGACUCGGACCUCAUGGAGCUACCUCGUUGGUGGUAAGAAUAUUAGCUUUGGAGCCUGGAACUAAGAAUCUUACUGUGGAAGUCAAUGGUUAUGCCAGCCCGACUUGCGAGGGAUUGGAAAAUAUAAACAACACGACAUUGUCCGGGGCCGUCAUACAUUCGGCAUCUUUGGAAGUUUUUGUCGAGGGAAGCGAAAUGAUACACACUGAAAGUUCUUAUUUUUGUGCCAAUGAACAUUUAGUUGUUUCAACUACAGACAAUUAUAAGUAUGAAUGGAUUAAGGCUCCACAUACUCACGAAAGUAUGGUAAUUGAAGUAAAAUCUUCAAAGUCAAAAAAAAUGGGACCGGUUCAUAUUGCUUUGGCCGAUAGUAAAACAAAAAUAGAUAAGAUGUACAGAAUUACGAUUGGAGAUGCUGAUAAUUCAGUGACACAUAUUGGAAGAGGAAAGCACAAUUAUGGCAUUCAACUAAUUUCGGUCGAUACUCCGGAAAUACUGAGCGAGGGUGCCUGGAAAAUCUUCUGGAUUACAUGGAAUAGAAACACAAUUUGUUUCGGCAACGGGUCGAUCCCAGGAAAUGGAACUUUACUUAAAUGGAAAACGGAUAAGAAAAUUAAAAUCGAAGAAAUUGGAUUUGCCUCUUCGUGGGGAGCUUUGGCGGAAUUCAGAAUAUGGAACUUCAAUGAAGAGUCUGGCUUCAGCCAAGUUCUACACCUAGACACUCCAAAGCAUGCCGUUCCAGGUUCAGAGAGAGGUGAGCUAACCAUAUCGGGAGGCUUAGAACUACCGCGAAUAAAUAAAAUUAAUGGUGGUGGCUUAAGAGCUGCUCUAGCUUCACUUACGCCAUUGUUAAGUAUUAAGCACGAUGUGAUUAAGGAUGGGAAUGAUUCUGAUAAGCUGGAUAUUAUUAAAAUGCUUCCUGGAAAGAUCCAGUCGAUUCUAUCGUUCAAAAAGGAAGAUGACUCAUUCAGCGAACAUCCGAUGUUGGGCAGCCACAAGGCCACCGUCUCGAUACUGGAGGCAUUAUCCAAAGUGCAACUCUAUUUUAACGUAGAUCCAGACUUGAUUCAGGCGAUUAAACGCUGGGUCCAACUGAGGCAAGAGGAUGAUGGUCGGUUUGUUCCUUUGGAUGCUGAUGUUAAAUUGACUACAUUUAAUAGUACCUAUAGCAGCUUGUCGGUUAACCGAAAUCAGAGCUCCGAUAUCGCCGAAAUGGAGAAUAUAGUGGAGAUUACCGCGGAAACGGUAAUCGCCCUUUACGAGAUUGGAAUCGAGACCGACGCCGAUUCAGAAACGUUGCAAAAAGCAAAAAUCUUCUUGGAAAACAGUCUACCAAACGUAGAGUCACCUGAAACGAUAGCUGCAGUAACGCUCGCCCUAGUGUUGGUCCGGAGUGCCACAGCAGCCUGGGCCAUAGAAAAACUCCGAAAUGCCUCUACAACAGAAGAUGGAGAGUUCGGAUGGCCCCAUUUCAUGCCUAAAAGAGACGCUGCUGAUUGGCUUUAUGAAACUGGCAACGAUAAAAGUUUCAAAGUACCAAUUUUGUCAACUGUUGAGGAGUACCGAGCAUCUUUAUACGCUUUAUCGACAUUUUGCCUUAUAGGAGACUUAAAAACUGCCCAAAGUGUGGCACGAUUUCUGUUUUAUCGAUCUCAUAUGCUGGAUAAUCACUAUGAGUUACUUUAUCCUGCUGUUAAAUCCUUUAGGGAAUAUAAUGCUAUAGCUAACGAUAAACACAGAUCUAUGACGAUAUCUUUGGCUACGUCAGGUAUGGAGCUAACCGAAACACUCAAUCUUAAUAAAGACCGGCCUCUACAAACUUUAUACUUACCAAGUUUGCCCACCAAAGUUUUUGUAUAUGCAACAGGAGCAGGUUGCGCUACUAUCCAGGGUCGUACUCUAUUUUCCACCUACGCCUCAAAAGAACAAACAGCGUUAUUGGAUAUACAUGCUAAAAUACUGGAAGAAAUUCUGCCAGACAAAAGCUCUAUAGAUGAAAUCGAAGGAAAACUACCUAACGUGAAAAUUCAGACCUGUUUUAAAUGGAAAGGUGAUCGGCCAUCUCCAGUUCUUCGUCUAGAAACCACCCUAUUCUCCGGAUACGAACUUUCGCCCGACCCUCCGCAACUAUUAAACCCGCCACAAGAAAUGGCCGAAAUGCAGCACGGAAACCAUGGCAAUAAUGUUUGGUUUGUGUUUGCCAACAUUUCCACCCCUUGUCCAGUUUGCGUUCAAUACACUGCCAGAAGUUUAUUUAUUUUAUCCGGACUCCGACCUGCUUACGCAAAAAUUUAUCCAGUUGCCAGAGACGAUUUGGCAGCAGACAUAUUUUUCCAUGCACAUGAAAGUCGAAGUUCUUUAUUAAAUUCUGUUACAAGUGACGAUAUGGUUACUUGGUUUGGCAUUGAUGGUCCCAAUAUGGCUCCCUUGGAAGUACCUGAGGAAUGUGAGGAAAAAUAUUAUACAAAUGGUGUUACUUCUACCACUAUACCUAGCAGUGUAAAAAUAAACACAAAAUUGCAUUUGGUCACCUAUACUAUUAAUGUUGAUAAUUCUAAGCAGCAAAGUGUUGGUACAGUAGAAAAUACUACACCACUUUUUCCAACUCAAGCGGAACAAGUUAAUUUUACAAUAAAAUCCUUUGUGAAAGGAAAAUCAAAAAAAGUCCUCUUAAGACCGGAAAAAAUAACUAAAAUAAAUAAAAAGGUUACGCCCAGUUUUCAGAAAAAUAGUACAACUGCUAAACCACAUAUCGUUUCUUCAAGCAAACGAGUUAAACCUAUUUCAACUACUGAAACCUACACACAUCAAACUAUUGAAUCAACUACAACAAGGCCUUUACAAAAGUCAAACUCUCCUCACAUAGUAAAGUCCACAUCAAUUCAUGUUAAUACUGAACAAAUUCAUAAUAUUCCCAAUAAACUAAUAAAACUAAAAGUGGAAAAUGAAGAAAUCAAUAAAAGCAAUCCAGAAUAUGUUUUACUAAAUAAAGAUUCCCUAUGGGAAAUGCUAAAGGAGGCUGUAAAUGAUGACACAAAGCGAAAAGAGUUAACAAAUAUGCUCAGAGAAAAGGAAAAGUAAAGUCAGAGUUUAAGAAGGAUCUCCAGAUAAUCAAUUAUUAGUAUUUUGUUAAAAGCCAAAAGUUAGUUGUAGAACUGUAUCGAAUUCGUGUGCUCAAAUUGUUUGUCCAAAAUUUAAAAUGACCUGGUCAAUUUUUAAAGUAAGAAAAGUUUUUGCUGCAAAAUUAAUUAUUAUCAUAAGAUAGUGUAAAUAGCUAUUAUAAGUUUAAGUAAUAAAAGCACGUCAAAAUUACAUUUUGUUUUAAGGCACAAAUAAUUAUUAGUCUUGAGGU